AUGCUCGCAGACGAGCGGUCGAGUCCAGAUCCCGCCCAGGACGGAGCCAACGCUCAGUGUCGCGUGCACUACGAAACCGGCUUCUUCGCGCGGGGCACGGCCGCAUUGGUACCGCUCCGCUUUGAGCUGCUCACAAUCGAAUUCACAGAAUUCAUCGCAGCCAUGGCCAACACGAUCAACGUCCGUGGUAUCACGCUCGGCGACAAGCUGCCCGACUUUGCCUUUGACUCGAGCACUGGUCCCUCGACGCUCAAGACCUACUUUGACGGCCAUUGGGGCGUCCUCUUCUCCCAUCCCGACGACUACACGCCCAUCUGCACGACCGAGCUCGGCGAACUCGCCCGCCUCGACAACCUCGGCGAGUUCAAGAAGCGCAACACCAAGGUCAUUGGUCUUUCGUGCAACGACGUCGAGAGCCACCACGGCUGGAUCCAGGACAUCGAGGCGUUCUCGGGCGAGAACGUCAACUAUCCCAUCAUCGCGGACAAGAACCGCGAGAUUGCGUGUCAGCUGGGCAUGCUGUCGUCGGACGACCUGGACAAGGCGGGCCUGCCGUUGACGGUGCGGUCGGUGUUUGUGGUCGGUCCGGACAUGGCCAUCAAGCUGGCGCUGACGUACCCUGCGUCGACGGGCCGCAACUUUGUGGAGAUUUUGCGCGUACUGGACUCGUUGCAGAUGACGGCGCACCAUGCGUGCGCGACGCCGGUGAACUGGGUGAAAGGCGAGAAGGCGUGCAUUGUGCCGACGGUGUCGAACGAGGCGGCGGCGACCAAGUUCCCGAAGGGCUUUGAGGUGCAGUCGUUGCCGUCGGGCAAGGGCUACCUCCGCUUCACGCCCGAUCCGUCCUCUGCGUGAUCUGCGCUGCAUACCACGCCGUGAUGAUGGCGAAGGUGGGAUGAGUUCCCACUCUGUACCGAGUCAAUAAACAUCGCCGUGCGCCAUUGACCAUGCGCUCGACAGGCGCAAGUCUCGC